CCGGUUUUUUAGUGGUUCAUAUAUAUUUCGGUUGUAUAACAGAAGGUUAUACAUACAUCGACAAAAUGAAGGUAUUGGCUGAAAUAAAAAUAAAGAGAAUAAGAGAGGGACUAAAUAACAAAUAAGAAUUCUUAUACUAGGGUUCCCAGGUGUUCCCCAUAUAUAUUUUGUGUUGCCGAACUAAUCGUUCUCCUCUUUUAUCGCUUGCAAAGACCUCGCGCAGACAGUAACAGUUUUAGCCGUUCAGGGUUUUAUCCUUUGCUGAGAUCUAAACAUGGCGGAUGUCGAACCAGAGGUUGCUGCGGCUGGAGUCCCGAAGAAGAGGACGUUCAAGAAGUUCGCCUUCAGAGGAGUGGAUCUCGAUGCUCUUCUUGAUAUGUCUACCGAUGACCUGGUCAAGCUCUUCUCUUCUCGUAUUCGCAGAAGGUUCUCUAGAGGUUUGACGAGGAAGCCAAUGGCUCUGAUUAAGAAGCUGCGUAAAGCGAAAAGGGAGGCACCACAAGGCGAGAAGCCAGAACCAGUGAGAACCCACUUGAGGAACAUGGUCAUUGUCCCUGAGAUGAUCGGAAGCAUCAUUGGUGUGUACAAUGGCAAAACCUUCAACCAGGUCGAGAUCAAGCCCGAGAUGAUUGGUCACUACCUGGCUGAGUUCUCUAUCUCAUACAAGCCGGUUAAGCACGGUAGGCCUGGUGUUGGUGCUACCCACUCCUCCAGAUUCAUUCCUCUCAAGUGAAGAGCUUUUACUUUGGGAAUGUAUUCCAUCUUUGUAUGGUCUUUGCUUUGAUUUGUCAGAGAAUGUGGAUCUCUUUUUGUUGUUGUUGCUUUAUGAUGAAACUCUUUUAGAUACUUUCUCAACUCCAGCUUGUGCGUUUACAUUGUUAUGUGACUUGAGGUUCUUAAAUCAAAUCUUUUUGGAGUUUUAUAUUUGUUCUCUUGAAUUUAAUUUUGCUUUGAAAUCGAUUAGUUUUGGACUAA